AUGGGAAAGAAAGCAAAGCAAGAUUUGCCCUUGCACAAGGUCAUCAUGGUCGGCUCAGGAGGUGUCGGAAAGUCGGCUUUGACGCUCCAGUACAUGUACGGCGACUUUGUGGAGGAGUACGAUCCUACCAAGGCCGACUCUUACCGCAAAAAGGUCACCCUCGACAACCAAGACUGUCAGAUUGAUAUUCUCGACACAGCCGGUCAGGAGGAAUAUGCAGCUAUUCGCGACAACUACUAUCGGUCUGGAGAGGGCUUUAUCUGCGUAUUCUCCCUCUGCGAGUACGAGUCGUUUAUGCACACCCAAGAGUUCAAGGACCAGAUUUCACGCGUCUUGGACGAUAACAAGAUCCCAUUCAUUCUUGUCGGCAACAAGGCAGACUUGACGCAACUCCGUAAAGUAAACCGUGAGGAGGCUGCAGCAAGGGCCGCCGAGUGGAACUGCCCUUACUACGAGACAUCUGCCAAGACCAGGCACAACGUCGACGAGGUCUACACGAUUUUGAUGAGAAAGAUUCAGCAGCGCAAAGAGAGUGCCAAGGAUCGCGAACGAAAGGGCAAGAAGGGCAAGUGCUUGAUCCUCUAA